AUGACGAAAAAGAAGGCAUCCAAGAGCAAAAGCACUAGUGGAGACAAGGCUGUGGUAGCCAGCACAAUGACCAACGCUCAUGGAUUUGACUUUGGAAACAUGGGGUUCGAUUACGUUCAAACCAACUCGUUUAUAACUUAUAAGUGGACGGAAGAAACAGGCUGGGAUAAAGGAGAACUAGUCAGAGGAACAGAUAACUUCAACAUUCAUGUAUCAGCUACUGUAUUGCACUAUGGACAAGCUUGUUUCGAAGGAAUGAAGGCCUUUAAAAUGAAGGAUGGAAAGGUCCGUCUCUUCAGGCCACAAUUGAAUGCCAAACGAUUGAGAACCUCGUGUGAAGUCGCUGCCAUGGCUGCUCCAUCUGAAGAGCUCUUCCUGGAGGCUCUAUCACGUCUCAUCAAAGACAAUCUUGAAUGGAUUCCACCGAUCGAGUCUGGUGGAUCAGCAUAUGUCAGACCAUUCGUCUUUGGAAGUGGUGCUCGAACUGGACUCUUGCCAGCUACUGAAUAUACCUUUAUGGCAUUCUUGUGUCCUGUUGGAGAGUUCUACAAGGGAGGCAUCGGAUCACCUGCCAAAGCACUCAUCAAGCACAAGUUUGAUCGUGCAGCUCCUUAUGGUACCGGCCACGUCAAGCUUGGUGGUAACUACCCAGCACCCAUGGGCCCGACAAAUGAAGCCAAAAAAGCUGGAUUUACCGUACUGCUAUUCUUGGACGCUCUCGAACACCGAUACGUGGAGGAAUUCAGUACAUCCAACUUUGCCGCACUCACCAAGCCAGACUCUGAUGGUAAACGAGUAUACGUCACACCAAAAUCACAUUCUAUCUUGCCAUCAGUGACCAAUCGCUCCUUGUUGGAGUUGGCUGAAAAGCACUUUGGAUGGAAGACCGAGCGUCGAGUUGUUGAAUGGGAUGAAGUUCGUAUGGGCUUGUUUGAUGAAGUUGCUGCUUGUGGUACAGCUGUUGUCAUCACACCUAUCGGUGAAAUCCAUCGCGAAAUGCCGACUGGUGGUAAACGUAAACGUAUAACUGCCAACUCCACUACAACAGCCACCAAUGGCCACACGAAUGGAAGCACCAGUAAAAAAGCAAAGACUGAGAAGGGUGCCAAAGCUACCAAGACAGAACCUGUCGUCCCUGCUCAUGACCCAUACGAUGAUGAAGAAGAGGAGGAAGACGAAGUUGCUAUGGAGGUCACGAAAUUGAGUGGAUCUGAUUUUGAAGGGUUCCGUGCACUCUAUACGACGUAUAGGGAUUUGCAGAAUGGGGUGUUGGAAGGUUGGGAAAAGUAUGAAUGGAUGUGGCCAAGUGAAGGGUUUUAA